GGCGGGCCCAGCCCACGGCGCUGACUCAGCAACGCGAGGGGGACUUUUGUCCCUCCGCAGACCCCGUUUCUCUCGGACUCGGCCCUCCGCCGCGGCCGAGCCGGUUUCCCCUUUCCGGCGCUCCGGGUGCGAGAAGCAGGCUGAGUCGCCUAGGCGGCGAGCGGCGGUGCAACGCGGGCGCUCGCCUGAGGCCACGAAAACUACUGUUCCCUCGCCGGGCAGCGUGGGCGCCAUGAACAACGCCGGACUGAAUUCGGAGAAGGUAGCUGCUCUGAUUCAGAAACUGAAUUCCGACCCCCAGUUCGUACUUGCUCAGAAUGUAGGGACCACCCACGACCUGCUGGACAUCUGUUUGAAGAGGGCCACGGUACAGAGUGUUCAGCAUGUGUUCCAGCACGUUGUGCCUCAGGAAGGCAAGCCUGUCACCAACCAGAAGAGCUCAGGGCGAUGCUGGAUCUUCUCUUGUCUGAAUGUUAUGAGACUUCCAUUCAUGAGAAAAUUAAAUAUUGAAGAAUUCGAGUUUAGUCAGUCUUACCUCUUUUUCUGGGAUAAGGUUGAACGCUGUUAUUUCUUCUUAAAUGCUUAUGUGGACACAGCCCAGAAAAAGGAGCCUGAGGAUGGGAGGCUGGUGCAGUAUUUGCUUACAAAUCCUGCAAAUGAUGGUGGACAAUGGGAUAUGCUUGUCAAUAUUAUUGAAAAAUAUGGUGUUAUCCCUAAGAAGUGCUUCCCUGAAUCUUAUACAACAGAGGCCACCAGAAGGAUGAAUGAUAUUCUAAAUCACAAGAUGAGAGAAUUCUGUAUACGUCUACGGAACCUUGUGCACAGUGGAGCAACCAGAGGAGAAAUCUCAGCUGCACAGGAGACCAUGAUGGAAGAGAUAUUCCGAGUGGUGUGCAUCUGUGUGGGUAAUCCGCCAGAGACAUUCACCUGGGAGUAUCGAGACAAAGAUAAAAAUUAUCAGAAGAUUGGCCCCAUAACACCCCUGGAGUUCUACAGGGAACAUGUCAAGCCACUCUUCAAUGUGGAAGAUAAGAUUUGUUUAGUGAAUGACCCUCGGCCCCAGCACAAGUACAACAAACUUUACACAGUGGAGUACUUAGGCAAUAUGGUUGGAGGCAGAAAAACUCUGUAUAACAACCAGCCCAUUGACUUCUUAAAAAAGAUGGUUGCUGCCUCCAUCAAAGAUGGAGAGGCUGUGUGGUUUGGGUCUGAUGUUGGAAAAUACUUCAGUGACAAGCUGGGCCUCAGUGACAUGAAUCUCUAUGACCAUGAGUUAGUGUUUGGUGUCUCCUUGAAGAACAUGAAUAAAGCUGAGAGGUUGACUUUUGGUGAGUCACUUAUGACCCACGCCAUGACCUUCACUGCUGUCUCAGAGAAGGAUGAUCAGGAUGGUGCAUUUGUGAAAUGGAGAGUGGAGAAUUCCUGGGGUGAAGACCAUUGCCACAAAGGUUACCUGUGCAUGACAGAUGACUGGUUCUCUGAAUAUGUCUAUGAAGUGGUGGUGGACAAGAAGCAUGUCCCUGAAGAGGUGCUAACUGUGCUGGAGCAGGAGCCCAUUGUCCUGCCAGCCUGGGACCCCAUGGGGGCUUUGGCUGAGUGAUGCUGCCUCCAGCUCUUUCCUCCUCCCACGGGACCUGAAGUCGCUGCAAAGGACAGAUCCAGGGACUGAAACCAAAGUUACACAGGUGACUCGUGUUCCUGUAGGAAGGACACAGUCAGACUCUUGGAUUUCUCUUCCAGGAACCUCUUCGGCAAAGUGUGCUUUAUGCUGAAACAAACUAUUCUUAAAGAAAAGAACGGGAAAGAUCAGGUCACACUACCUGCCCUCCUCAUCUCCAACAGCUCAGGAUCUCUUAGCAUUUUAAUCAAAUGUAAUUGUUUAUCUUAACUCCUGUCAAAAAGUUUGGUUCAGUGUCUGCUUUAAUAAUUGAGGAGCAUGGAGGGAAAACAGACCUCUGAUGGCCCUUGUCCUAGAGUAGUCAGGGGAGGAUGCCCUAAGAUUGGAGCUCGGAACUGCAUGCUGCCUGGCAGUACACUGACCUUCCUAAGUGGCAGUCACUGGAUUUUCUGUGCCUGUUAUAGCCCAGGAAGGGGAGGUUGAUCGAGUCUGACAUGAUUCCUUCCUAUUAGUCUGAACUGUUGGGGAGCACAGCUCUCCUUGAGUCCGAAUUAACUAGAGGCAUAGAGGAAGUUAGGUGAGACACCAAGCCGUUCCAGUUCCAGGCACUAGGGGGCACUCUGGCCUAACAUGCGUCUCUGGGCUCGGGAGCCGGGUGGGCAAGAGGAGAUACCCAUUCUUUCUGACGACUAGAUGGUGCUGAGACGCUUUUGAAUAAACACUUUGUUAAACGAGA